UCUUCGGGCGUAAAAGGAGGACUUCCACAAAUUGCUCCAUAACGAUGGAAUUGAAGGCACAGAAAAAAAGGUAUGUGAGCUUUGUUUGUCUCCAUCCAUUAUUUAAUCACGAAGAGGAGUACCUUCAGCAUUAUAUAAAGAGGAGGAGAAAGAGUGGUUUGUAGCGCCUAAGUCCUUGGCGGCCAGGAGGGUGAUUUACGUGAAUGCGUUGGUUUUCUUGUUGUAAUUACACCUUGUAGUGAUUUAGCCAGUUAAAUUCUUGUGAUUAGAAUUUGUGAAAUUCCUUAAAUGAGAUUUCACUAGAAAUUGUGAGGGAUUAAACACUGAGUGAGUUAUUUGGUAUAGUUAAGGGCUGGGAAAUACUGAGAGAGUGUUUGAGUACUCGAGUGAUUGUAAUCUCCGUUGUAUCGCUUAUUUCUAUAGCAGAAUUCUUGCUACUUUCUCUGUGGACGUAAGUACCGACAUUCAAACUGAAUCAUAGAAAUCCGGUGUCGGAUUUAUUUCCUUCCUUCUAUCUAUUAUCGGAUCCGCUUGUCCCAUAUUUUUCAAAACAAUUUCCUUCAGAACAAAGCCAUGCAUCAUCUUGGCCACUCUGGCGAAACCAAAGAGAUGUUCCAAGCUCAAUCGCACCUCUACAGUCUCACCUCCAUCUUCGUAUCGUCCAUGUCUCUCAAAUGUGCCGUCCAGCUUCGCAUACCGGACGUCAUAAACGACCACAAGCAGCCCAUCACUCUUCUCGAGCUGGCCUCGGCGCUCCGGAUUCACCCGUCAAAAACCACGUGCCUUCACCGUCUCAUCCGCGUUUUGGUUCAUUUAAACGUAUUCGCUGAGACCCUUGUUCCCAAGCAUGGAGGAGGAGGAGAAGAAGAAGAAGUUAAAGCCUACGUCUUGACCCCUUCUUCGAGUUUGCUUCUGAGUGAUAAAGCCACGGGGCUCUCGCCAUUCAUCGUGGCCAUGCUUGAUCCGGCUCUCGUGGCUCCUUGGCAUUUUCUUGGAGAUUGGCUCCAAGGGAAUCGCGAAAACGAUUGCAGCAACAAAUUGAUUAGCCCUUUCGAGGCUGCGCAUGGAUUGAACCUGUGGGACUAUGGGGGGCAGAAUCCUGAAUUCGGUCGUGCAUUCAAUGGAGCGAUGGCCAUCGACUCUCAAAUGAUGAAUUUGGUCAUCAAGGACUGUAAGCAUAUCUUUCAAGGGUUGAACACUCUGGUGGACGUCGGAGGCGGCACGGGCACGGUGGCGAAGACAAUCUCCGAGGCAUGUCCGGGAUUGAAGUGCACGGUGCUCGAUCUCCCACAUGUGGUUGCUGGCUUGCCGGAGAGUGAGAAUGUGAAGUUCGUUGGGGGUGAUAUGUUCGAGUUCAUCCCCCCUUCCGAUGCCAUUUUGCUGAAGUUGAUGUUACAUGCUUGGAGCGACGAGGACUGUGUGAAGGUGCUGCGAAGAUGCAGAGAAGCGAUCGCUGGCAAGAACAACGAGCGAGGGAAGGUGAUAAUCAUAGACAUUGUGAUAAGCGAGACCGAGGAUGACGAUGCCGAAGCAACUGCAACAAAGCUCUUCUUCGAUAUGUUGAUGAUGACGGUGGUCACUGGAAGAGAGAGGACCAAGAAAGAGUGGGAAAAACUUUUCUCGGAGGCCGGCUUCAGACAGCACAAGAUAACUCCUAUGUUUGGAUUAAGGUCUCUCAUUGAAGUCUUUCCUUAGGGAUUCAAAUUGUGUAUAUUUACAAGCACCGCUUGUAAAUUCAUUUAAAGCCAUACUAUAUAUGUACUAAGAAGUUGUACUAAUCUUGUUUGAUAUUUGAAAUGACAUUUGGUUAUGGAUUUU